AUGUCGCUAGACUCAAGCGCCGAGGAAGACUUUGAUGCGGAGGAAGGUCAUUGCAACGCCACUGCAGAAAGUACAGGAAAGGAAGUAGAAUAUGAGGUUGACGAUAUAUUGGGGCAUGAACGAUAUGAAAUCCUUCGCCGCCGAGGAGAAGUAGGAAAGCGUAACUGCAAUCCAGACGAGAUUUUCUACAGGGUGAAGUGGACAGGAUUUGAACUAAAUCAGUGUACGUGGGAACCUUUGGCCAACGUGAGGCAUCUGCAGGUUCUGAAAGAAUACAGAAGGAAAUUUAUUCUCGGUGGAAAAAGAGGAAGAGCGCGUUCGUAUUCAGCUGGGAAUAGUCCGAGCAAGGAUAACCGUUCAAAAAAGAAGCGCUGCUCAGGGCAUGUUCCUCGCGGAUCGGUCCCUGAAAGUGGGCCAUCUACUGGUUGUAGGGAGAAGUCUGGAACUGUAGCGGUGGAAGAGAAGAAAGAUCAACCACGAGUGGAGCUUUUGUUCCCGUCAUGCAAAUUUAUACCAAUUGCUGAUCCGGAUAUUGUAAAUCUGGGAAUGAAGAAAUACAGUUCAGCUCCAUGCCUGCAUCAUGAGUUCGCUGAGGGGCCUUCUCUGGGCCAGGAUUAUCACUCGUUUCGUGACGAUUUGGCGAUUGAGUGGAAUAAGAAGACGUCUUUUGGGUAUGCUCUAACGGUGUAUCUUCAGAGUGCAAUAGGAAAUGCAGAAGCAAUGUGGUCCAACUGGAAGAGCAUCAAGGGCUCUUUAGCUUCUUUUUUAUGGAAAAUGCACCAUAUGUGGAAUCCCUGUGAAGAUAGUUUCUCGAAGGCAAAGGAUUUUCUUUUUAAAAAGGAAAUCUGUGAGCUCAACGGUGAAACAGGACGCUCUCCUCUAGGCGUACUCUUGACGUCGUCUGCUUGUAUUACUCACGAUAAAUGCAGUAUUUUGAAAGCAAUACUGUACUAUGCGUCCCCUGAAUUGCGAAAAAAAAUACAUCGCCAGCUGGAAAUAUUUGGUCAGGGCAAUAUUCUUCAAAAAAUUUUUUCAGCAUCUCACUAUGAAGAAGUUUGUGUGAUCGAAACACUUAUCAACUUCGGAAUGAACCCCAACGGAGGGGGGGUUCCUCUUACGUUUUUAGCUAUUCGUAACGAGAGGCGUGACUUACUACAGCGAUUGGUCAAAUGUGGUUGCGAUACCACUUAUCUUUCCCAUUGUAUAGAUUAUGUAGAGUUUACUGGUUUUGUUGUGAUUCUACUUCAUAAUGAAGCCGCUUCUGUGGAAGCUUUGAAGUUCUUACUCUGCAAUGGGAUGUAA